ACAUAGACAGAGGCGCGUGAUGAAAUGGAAGAACGCCACCUAACUUGUGCAAAAACACAUCUUCUACUGAAAAAGUCAGAAGUCGUACGUCCUCCCCUCGGAGGAGCUCUACUCGUCUCCCCCCACCAAUCACCAUGGCCUCCACCGGCAUCCUACUGCUUCUCCUUGCGGCGGCGGUGGCAGGCCCACGCCACGCCGGCGCCACGGAGUACACCGUCGGCGACUCCAACGGGUGGACCAACGGCCCCAACUACCUGACCUGGUCGCAGAAGUACAACUUCACCACCGGCGACACUCUCGCGUUCAACUACGUGCCGCGGCAGCACGACGUGCUCCGGGUGACGCGGGACGCGUUCCAGACGUGCGAGCCGACGGCGGGGCAGACGGUGCGCAAGUGGGCGUCGGGCCGCGACGUCGUCGACCUCGCCGCGACGGGGGACUACUACUUCAUCUGCAACAUCACCGGCCACUGCCUCGGCGGCAUGAAGUUCUCCGUCGCCGUGAGCGCGCCGCCUCCUCCGCCACCGUCACCGCCUCCCCCACCGGCCUUACCCACUUCCAUGCCGCCGCCUCCAAGCUCCGGCGCAUGCGGACGGCGCCUGGCGAGGAUUUCCGGCCUCGCUGUGAUCGGGCUGUGGAUCAGCUUGCUGUCAUGACGGUGAUGGAAUCAGAACGUUGACUUUACUUGUGAUCGUCUAUGCUUUCCUGAGUUUACUGGAUGACCUUUGCGCUGGCAUUGAUAUUAUUGGAGAUGAAUUUUGCAUCUGGCGUGUCUGUCGAGUUCAUGAUAAUCUCAAAUUGGCAGUUGCGCACACCAGAAGCGGAGUUUUUCUUUUAAGAACGUAGA